AUGUCGUUCGCUGGCGUAUCCGUGAUCCGCGACGGCAGACUCUGGCCUUCAGCAUCGGUCUUCAACUGCACCAGCGCCGCCAGGGGGUACCAUCUCCUUGUGGUCGAAGGCUACUCACGCACAAAGGCCGACGUCCCCAACGGCGAUCACAUCGAGUCUCGGCCUUUCAGAGUCGGAGGGUAUCUCUGGCUUCUCAGGUGCCAUCCCAACGGUUCGUCGUCGGCCAGGGCCGGCUAUGUAUCUGCUUCCCUCCUCCUCGCUCAGGAUGUUGCCAAGCCUGUAAAGGCGCAGUUCGAGAUUAGCUUCAUUAACCAGUUCGGCAGGCAGCGCUCGGCAUACAUCCGUUCGGGUUCAGUACGUCACUUCCGUGGCAAAUCUUGUGGUACGUGCUACUCCAAUUUCAUAAGCAGGGAUGACUUGGAAGACUCGGAGCAUCUCAAGGACGAUAGUUUCACCAUCCGGUGUGACAUCAUCGUCAUCGAGGACGACGAUGCCAAGGGAACCGGCGCCACCUCAUCUUUCGUUACGGUGCCACCGCCAGACGUGCAGCAGCACUUCACCGAUCUCUUCAUGGCCAAGGAAGGCAACGACGUGACGUUUGAGGUUGGUGGCGAGACAAUUUCCGCGCACCGGCGUGUAUUGGCGGCUAGGUCUAGAGUGUUCAAGGCCAAGCUCUUCGGCCCAAUGAAGGAGGGCACAUCUACCGCUAGUGCCAUACACAUAGAUGACAUGGAGCCUCGAGUUUUCAGGGCAAUGCUUGCAUUCAUUUAUUGUGACCCGGAGCCGGAGAUGGAGAAGGAAGAUGGUGAAGAUGCGAUAUGGCAAUGGCUGCACCUGCUCGUCGCGGCCGAUAGGUACGAUCUGCAGCGGCUGAAGCUCAUAUGUGAAGCUAAGAUAUGCGGGUUCAUUGGUGUGAACACCACGACGACCAUCCUGGAAUUAGCUGAGAACCACCACUGUGACGGGCUGAGGAAGGCCUGCUAUAAUUUUCUGGGCGCGCCCGGCAAUCUCAGGGCUGUCACAACCACUGAUGGGUUCGACAAUUUGAUUACGAGCCACCCCUCCGUCAUGAAGGAGCUGAUCGCCAUGCUUGCGCCCUAG